AUGCAAGCUCGACGGUCCAUCUCGUCCUCGCAGCAUCCGCCCUCAUCACCUCCUCCAUUUGCUCCAGGGCACUUUGGUGAAGCGACCACUCCGCCUGAGGCGCGUGAAGCAGUCUCUCCCACUUGGACGGCCCCUUCGCCGGCUCGCACUCUUGGACAUUCGAGUCCAGAGCUCCCUUCACUUCCGUCCUUCUCCGUACUUGGAAACCACCCGCGUACUCCCUCCAACGCUGCGAGGCACGACAGAACCGACACGUCCUACUAUACCGCCAGUUGGGGCAGUCCGUACAGACACCCUCCUCCGGUAUUCAAUCCUUCGCGUCAAGUUUCGACAAACUUCGGCAGCGACGACUUUGAAGAAGAGGCUUCUGGGCUCCAGUUUGGCCUUGGGCAUCUACUCCCAUCUCGGCUAGAUCUUCAGGAAGAGUCGCCGAAUCAAUUCAACCUCGAACAUCUAAUACCUCGUUUGGAACGGAACGCAUCGCCAAACCGCUUCACGCUCGAACACUUAAUCCGAUCUCGAUUGCCAAAUCUGGUAACGCCCACCAAAGAAGCGCGAGCUUCCGGCACUACUCCCCGGGCCUCCGACACGAAUCCUACUUCGCAGGAGUGGGUUGAACGAUUCUUAGAAGAGCGUUGGAACCGCGAGACAAACGACUGGCGGGAUAAUAAUAGCGAUACAGAAGGAUCAGGUGGAGAAUCUGAUUUGCCAAUUGCUCCUCCGCCGAAAAGAGGACACAAGCAAAGGAACAACAACAAGACCCUGAACCAGCAGGACUUUUGGCGGCACUUUAGUAAGGAAGAAAAAGAAGCAGUCGGCAAGAUGAUGGCCUCCAAGUAUGCGGAUCCUGAGCCGUCUCCGGUCAGGCAAAACUCAGCAUCAGGUCCUAGUACUGCACAGCAGAUGAACGGGCACAGUGCACAGUCUGAGAAGACUCCAGUACCGACACCUACGAAAGCAACUAAGCCAGCAGAUGAAACUCCCAGCAAGCUAGCGAGCAACGAUGCAUUCCAGGCAAGCCAGGAUCUAUCCAAGAACAAGCCACUACCUGACCCUCCGAGCAACUCAUUUCUGGCUCCCCCAGGCGCAGCGCCUGCGCAGCCUCGGAUGCGUAAGAAGGUCAUUGUCAAAGGCAAAGGCUGUAUCAUCUCGAUACCACGCGACAUUCCGAGAGGCAAUCCUGGGUUCCCUCCGAAGCCGAUGAGUGCGGAGGCUGUGAAUGCAAAGCUCCGACAGCUUGAGCAACAGGGUUACGACACUCGUGGCUUCAGUACCGGAGGUCUAGAAAUGCACAAUCGAGCCAUCUGGCCGGCAGAGUCCGAUGUUCAGGCAGAACGUAACAAUGCAGGUUCACGAUACACCGUCCGUGUAUCGAAGGAAUCUGAAUGGAAAGACUACCAGAACUCUCUGCUCGAGGCUAAGUUGGCAGCACUCGGUGUCAGCACUGGUGGCGAGGAAGACGUUCCUCUUCCUUUGUCACGACAAGCGUCAUCACAGCAGCACCCUGGACAGGUUUUCUCUCCACCGAUACCUACAUCCUCAGCUGGCAGUCUUCGUAUGGCCAGGCACGGCAGCAUUGCAGGUGGCGCCUUUCCAUUCGGACCUUCACCUGGGCACAUGUCCAGGCAAUCGGUCGCAUCUCCAGCAUUUGGGCACAUGUCCAGGCAAUCGGUCGCGUCUCCAGCAUUUGCAGGUCCACGUCCCGGUAUGCACAUGCAUCGUCACUCAACUUUUGGAUCACCUGCCAACUUUGUUCCAUCGCAUGGAUACUCGCCCUCAGGCACAUGGUCGCCUGCUGGAUACUUCAACUCUCAAGACGGACGCAGUGGCUCCCCUGCUCUUGCAUCCUUGAGCAGGCCUGAUCUUUCCGCAUUGAUCUCGCCGCACUCUCCAUUCGGCAUGGCUCCCAACCAGCAGUUCCCUAUUACGCCUACGCAGAGGGAUGACUUCCAAUUGCAGAUGCAACUGCAGCAGCAGCAACUACAGAACCAGCUUCUACAGCAGCAACAGCAACAAGUUCUCGGACUGCGACCGAACUCUACACUGGCCGAAGUACCCGAAGAUGAAGACGAGGAAGACGAGGUUCCGGCGAUGAAGCAUGCCACUAAAUCUGCACCAGAGAUUGCUGUACCGACUCCUCGCGGUCAUCGUCAUAAUAUUAGUGAGAACCUUGAACGCGAGGCAGCGAAUGAAGAGUAUCACUUGGAGGAAGCUAUCGACAAGCAAUUCGCUGAAGGAGGAGACUUCAGUACUGAGCCAGAGACCAACGUAUCCUACAAGCCCUCCAAUGCUGUGGCUAAUCCUACGUGGGAGGACUCGCGAACGAUCUUGCACCAACCUCAACCACACAGCAGAGCGCAUUCACUCGCCAAGUCUCAGAAGCCUGUCGCCUUCUCGUUCCCCGCCCAACAGAACCCCCGCUCAGACAGCGACGGUGCACAAACGAACGUUUCGGAGAACACCAACCCCAGCCUGGAAGAUGGAGAAGUCCGUAAUCCGGUGAAUGAUUCCACGCAGCACUCCCAGGCCCCGUCCCAAGCCAACAACUCCUGGAAAGACAACAAGUUCGCCUUCAGCAAGCCUGCAUCAGCAAUUCACAGCAAACAUGCGUCGCGCUCCUCUAUCUCGAAGCUCAAUGUUGAAGCCAAGGAGUUCAAAUUCAAUCCUGCAGCGUCUUUCAGCCCAGGUUCUUUCUCUUCAGGCUUCAGCUUCGCACCUGCUGUCAAGCCCCCUACUGUUGCCGCCCCUGCCGCCAUUCCAGCCAACAACAAGCCUAGUAUCGAUGGACUGGCGAACUUCAACGUGUCAGCUCCUGCGUUCAAACCCGACGCACCUGUGUUCAAACCUGAUGCACCGACAUUCAAGCCCGUGGCUGAAGCUCCUGCGUUCAAGCCUGCUGCAGAUAGCUCUCCAUUCCCAUCUGGUGGCUUCAACUUCUCAAGUCCACCCGCCUUCAAGCCAGAUGCGCCUGCGUUCAACCCCGGUGUAUCAGCUUUCAACCCCAACAAGCCGGAUCCCGCCCCAACAAGCUUCUCAUCAAAGAUAUUCGGAGAUGUCAAUCUAUCCCAGAGCGACAUCGUUAAGCCAGCUAAGCGUUCCAACGCAGUUCCGAUUAUCCGUCCCGACAACACACGCUCGCAGACCCCUGAGACGGAAGGCCGUGAGGGCCACGAGGACGAGUCUGGCCGACCUAAGCAAGCUGACGGUCGUGAAAAGAGAGUCCGACGUGAUCGCCCUGAUGCGGAUGACGUGCCUAAGUUUGCACUUCAGCCUGUGCUUGCGUCUCAGCCUCUGGCCGAAAUCAGGCAGCCCAAUGCUGCUAAACAGGAACCUCAAGUUGAACGGGAGGAAGCUUUGGAGGACAAGGAGAACUUGUCGCCUGCACGUAAUCAGACCAAAUCUCAAUCAAAGAGCCCAGAGCCUCUGUCACAGCCGAAGCGAGAGAUCAUCAUGGCACCUAUCUCACCGGCUCCACCGGCUCCAGAGAGCGAUGAAGGUGCAGAUGACGAUACGCCUCAUGCAAGCGACGUGCCGACACCUACCACCGAGGAACCUGAGCCAUUGGGUAAGAAGCAUACUCACAAGAGCACUCUAUCGGCCAGCGCCAAACCGUUCGAGUUCAAACCUCAAUUCAACAGUGCCGGCUACGACUUCGGCUUCCACGUUCAGAAGCCGUCUCAGGUCGAAGACCCAGAGAAGACUCAAGUAUCUCCACCAAGAUACGCCAGCAGAAGUCCAGCUACCACCUACAGACCUAGCGACGACGGCUCGUUCAAGACUGCCAUGGAAUCUGGUAGGCACAGGACUUACCCUGAGAGUGAAAGCGUUGAUUUCGACAACCUUGGCGAUGCUUCCUUCAACGACAUUGAUGCUGUUAUGAAGCACAUGGACGGCGAGGGAUCCGACUUUGGCGUUGAGCGCGACGAGACUUCCUGGGAUCAAUCCUCGCCCCAGAGGACACCGAAUGUGUUUGAGCGCAAUGACCUGCAGCCCAGCUUCAAGAUGCGCAGCGACGCGCCUAGCCCCAGCCCCCGCCGCGGUUUCUUCCCUGGACGGCCUAUGCAGGGCUCUGCAACAUCAGGGCAAGAUCCAUUCGAUGAUGAGCGAGCUGCGCUUCCAUACGACUCGCCUGUGCGCCACCUGAACAACGCCGACGCCGGACCCAUGAGCGACUGGGACGAAGGCCUCCUCACUGAGGACGAGUCCAAGGUUCAGACCCGCAGUGGCUUCUUCGACAAACAUGUUGAUGACCUCAUGGGUCGUCUCCUGCAGGACCGCCUUGGCCCGCUAGAGCAAAACCUGCAAGGCAUCCAAGAGGCGCUUGCAAUGAUGUCGCAACGUCCGGGACGCGGACGCCGUAGCAUGUCUACUAGCGCACGUCUAGACAGCGAUGCCGACGAUGAAGAUGACGAUGCCGGCACCGACGUUGACUACCGUAACCGAUCUCGAGGAAAAGACAGGAGGCUGGAGAAGAUCCGAUCCAUCGUCAAGGACGCGCUUGAGAUGCACCAAUCACAGAUCACGUCUAUUCCGGUGCCCGUACCCGAACCGAUGAUCCCAGAGAAGAUCCGGGAGAUCGUCACCGACGCGCUUGCGCAACACCAGCCAUCUGUGCAACCUGUUGAACCUGUUCCUGCUGAUCAGAUUCGCGCUAUUGUUCAAGAUGCGAUUGCUUCCGCCAAGCCUGCGCAGGAACAGGUCGCUGAGCCUCUCAAGCCUGAAGACAUCCGUUCUAUCCUUUCUGACAUGCUCGCAACUCAUGUUCCUCAGCCAGUGGAGCCAGUCAAGACUGAUGAUAUCCGAUCCAUUGUGUUGGAGGCGUUCGAGACGCAUGCUCCUCAACCGAUGCCACCUCCAGUACCUGAGCAAAUCUGGCCUGACGACCUGAAGGCCAUCGUUACCGAAGCUCUCGCAUCACAACAGCCAGCCUUGGAACAGGUGCAAGCGGAGAACAUUCGUUCCAUCGUCGCCGAGGCGUUCGCAUCUCACCAGCCUAAAGCGCCUGCCGCGCCAACUGCCGACAAUGUACAGCCAGACAUGAUCCGAUCUAUCGUUGCUGAGGCUUUGGCGAACCAGAAGCCUGCUACUCUUGAGGCUCCUGUCGAUAUUCCACAGCCACAGCUUGAUAUGUCCGAGCUCUACCAAAUCAUCGGUAGUCUCAAGGCCUCAAUCGCGCAGACUACCAGUCACCAUCUCCAGGCUGAAGAUAUGCGUGAGCUUGUUGACGAUGCCUUGAGCCGUCACGGUAUGGAGGUCGCCCAACGUGAGGAAUCCAAAGCUGUUCAGGAGAGGGAUGCUCGUAUCACAGACCUUGAGGAAAUGCUCAAGGAAGCCACCCUCCGAUUCAACGCUGAAGCUGAAGCCCGCCAAGCUAUCGAGGCCCGAGAAGCAGACUCUGCACGUCUGCUCAAGGUUACAGAGGAAGAGCUUACACUUCUUCAACAGGCUGCCAAGGACGACGAGCAUAAGAUUGGUACUUUGACUGAGGAGCGAGACGUUCUUCGUCGCAGCCUCGAAUCUUACCAGGCCGAUGCAGCUGAAAUGCGCGACAAGUUGUCUGCUUUCGACAUCGAGAACGAGCAGCUCAAGCUUACAAACAUUGCAUUGGAGAGCUCGGAGGAGGACCUCAAGAAGAGACUCGAUUCAGUCACGGCAGAGAAUGAGGCGCUUACAUUCACGCUUGAAGAACAUCGUCUCUCUGCCAACAAGUGGCGAGGCGACCUCCAGGACGCUCAUGAAGAAGGAGAAAAGCUACGCAAGGCUAUUGGGGAGGCCCGCUUCCAGGCCGAGGAGGCUACUCGUGUACGAGAAUCUAUGCGUACCAAGCUUGAGAAGCUUCAACAAGACAUGGUUGCCGCUUCGCAGCAGGUCGCGUCUGAGCGUGCUCAGUUCCAGAAGCAUGAAGAGGCGUCUGCGACAAAGUACGAGGUUCUCAGCGCACGCAUCGAAGCUGAGGGUCGCACACGGGAGCGUCUGGAGAGGGAGCUUGAGCGCUUGGAAACCCAGGAGCGUGAAGGUAUGAGACUCAGGAUCCAUCUCGAGCAAACUCAGAAGCACAACGCCAAACUUGAGGAGACAGUCGAAGAGCUGAGGAAGGAGUCUAUGGAGCACCAGAGGAACGCCCAACGCUACGAGCGUGACAUGCGAGAGGCCAGGGAUGCUGCGCACGUUGAGAUCCGCCGCACCCGCGUGCUCAUGGAGGCCGAUGUUGAUGCAGCUAACAACCAGGUCAACAUUGUUCGCCACGAGCUUGAGAGCGAGAUCGCCCGUGUCCGCGCCGAACUGGACCAGGUUCGCUUGGAUGCUGAUACUGCCAAGGAGAAGCACGAGCUGGAUUUGGAGGCGGCUUCGGACCUCAAGAAGCAAGCUGUGCAAGAAGCAGUGGAGAACAACAGGCACAGUCUGCAUGAGCAGCAGCGCACUUUUGAGCGUCAACUUGAGCACAUCAAGCACGAGCAUGCUCGCGCUCUCGAAUUUGCUCGUGAAGACAAGGAGCGUGCCGAGGCUUUCCACAACGACAAGCUUGCAUUGGCCGACUCCAAGCUCGACCACUUCAAGGACAAGAUUGCGUUGCUGGAAGAGAAGCUCCAGGUCGCGAAGGAAGCCGCCAGUGCCGCUGCCGCAGCAGCAGCCAAGUCUCCUACGACUUCUUCGUUCGGUGGCGGCGCAGGAGCUCAGGCGUUGCGCGAGUCCAUCGGUGUUCUUCAGGAGCAGCUACAAGAGCGGGAGGGACGUAUCGAGUCUCUUGAGCGUCAGCUUGAAGAAGUUGACACUGAGGCUCCUGCUAAAUUGAAGGAGCGCGACACCGAGAUCAACUGGCUCCGUGAGCUACUUGGCGUACGCGUCGAUGACCUAAAUGACCUCAUCAACUCUCUUGCUCAACCAACCUUCGACCGCGAGACCGUCCGCGACGCCGCAAUCCGCAUUCGCACAAACUUGCAGAUGGAGCAAUCCGAGAAGGAACGUCUCAUCUCAGGCGGGCAACAAUCUUUCCCAACCCUGAGCUCCCUCUCCAACUUUGCGUCACCUAAAGCAGUCCAGCUCGCUGCCGCUAUCGGCAAUUGGCGCAAGGGUCGCGGCGAAGCUACGUCUGCUCUCGCAGGCAACUCCUCCACCAAGCCUACCGCGCGUACCCAGACACCUUCGCGCGCGCAACCCCACUCCGCACAAUCCUUCCUCUCGGGCCUUAUGACUCCGCCAACCUCCAACGCGCGCCGUGGAUCUGAGCUCUCAACUGCUUCUUCAUCGCAGCAGCGUCCUGCAGUCAUGCGCUCAAAUUCCAAUAGCUCCCGUGCGUCAACCGAAGUAGGGUUCCCAGCGCUCGGCAAGCAGCCGCGUACACCCCCUCUGAUGAGGAAGCAGGCGUACGACCAAGAUGCUGAAAUGGAACCGUUCAGUGAAAGCGGUUUCUACGAUGAUGAGAGUACUGUUGAUGGUGAAUUGACGCCUCUGGCGUUGAACUUUGGGAGGGAAUUGCAACGGUAG